UGCCCUCAGCAUGGCACUGCACACGGUUCUUAUCAUGUUGAGCCUCCUGCCGAUGUUGGAAGCUCAGAACCCAGAACAUGCCAACAUCACCAUAGGUGAACCUAUCACCAAUGAGACCCUAGGCUGGCUCGUUGACAAAUGGUUUCUCAUUGCUGUGGCUGUCAGAAAUCCUGAGCUCCAGCAUAUAAUUCAAGAGAAACAGACACAAUAUUUUUACCUUACACUCAACUUGAUGAGAGACAAGAUGUUAUUUCAGGAGUAUUUCACCACAGGUGGCCAGUGUGAAAAUGACACCAACUAUCUGGAAUUCCAGAGAGAGAACGGAGCCCUAUCCUUGCAUGUACAAGGAGAAGAAUCCUUUGCUCAUCUGAUAGCAAUGAGGAAACAUGGGGCCUUCAUGGUGGCCUCUUUGCUGAAGGAUGAGAAGAAAAGGGUGCUGGUUCUCUAUGCCAAAGAGCCAAAUAUCACCCCGGAGCUGCGGGAAGUAUUCCAGAAGGCUGUCAAACACGUGGGCAUGGAUGAAUCAGAAAUCAUAUUUGUUGAUUGGAAAAAGGAUAAGUGUGGUUAG